AUGGCACCCUCGGCGAUUUCACCAGAGGAGACUCCUCAAAUCCCUAGUGGCGACUCGACCGUUCUCGCUCUCCGCAAGACCCUUACAUCUGAGAACGAAGCGCUGGCCGCUCGCUUCCGCGCUCUCUUCUCCCUCAAAUACCUGGCCUGCCAGGAGCCUCGUACCGAGAACACCAUCCCCGCUAUCGAUGCCAUUGCUGCUGGUUUCGCAUCUCCAUCCGCUCUCCUCAAGCACGAGCUUGCUUACUGCUUGGGUCAAUCGCGCCACGAUGCCGCUAUUCCUUACCUCCAGAAUGUCCUCAGCGAUCGUGAAGAAGAUCCGAUGUGCCGACACGAAGCAGCUGAGGCCAUCGGUGCUCUGGGUGAUAAGGGCAGCCUGAAGCUUCUUAUUGAGCGAAGAGACGAUGAGAAUGAGGAGACGGUUGUCAAGGAGACUUGCGAUAUUGCCGUUGGUCGCAUCGAAUGGGAGCACUCAGACGCAGGAAAGUUGGAGAAGCUGAAGCAAAGUGACUUUGCCUCAAUCGAUCCUGCCCCUCCUCUCGCUAUCGCCGCAAAGCAGCCCUCAAUCGAAGAGCUCGAACAGACCCUGCUUGACUCCAAGCUGUCUCUCUUUGAUCGCUACCGUGCCAUGUUCGCACUGCGCGAUCUUUGCUCUCCGCCCGACCUCCCGUCCGCUGUUCCUGCCAUCAACGCCCUCGCACGCGGCUUCACAGAUUCCUCCGCACUUUUCCGCCACGAGAUCGCCUUCGUAUUCGGCCAGCUCUCACACCCUGCUUCCAUUCCCGCUCUCACCGGAGCACUAAGCAAUCUCAAGGAGAGUAGCAUGGUGCGCCACGAAGCUGCUGAAGCUCUCGGCAGUCUGGGUGACGAGGAGGGUGUGGAAGAGACCCUAAAGGGUUUCCUGAACGAUCCUGAUCAGGUCGUCAGAGAUAGUAUUAUCGUCGCAUUGGACAUGGCCGAAUUCGAGAAGAACGGCGAGAUGGAGUAUGCAACUGUUCCUGUUGCUGCUUAG